AAUUUUGGGUCUUGUUCUAAUCCCAUGAGUCUGAUGUACAAGUAUCUCUUAAGUCUUAACUAUGAGUUGCUGUUAGUUUUUUUUUUCUGGAAUGAAUGUUAAAUUUGAGGACCAGACUGUAAUAGUUCUAGGUCGAAGGUACAAACUUGAACAAUAUUUUUGAAAAAUCGACCAUGACACAUGGAUUCAGGUUCAAGAGAUACUUGUACAUCAGAAUUUAUAUAGAGAUACACUACACCUUUAAGCUGUUAACAAAUUUAGUUGUAUAGAGCAAGGGCCUAUGUACUUGUAUGGCGCGCGGCAAUGAUGAAACAGCUGUAAGUUGUUGUUAGUCCUGUAUCUUAUUGUCUCCAAAAUAUAUUUAAUUACGACCAUAUUUCUCCAUUAUCUAAUUUAAUAUUUGAAAAGGAGACUCGUGAGAUUGUCAAUGUCUAUCAUCUCUACUCGUCUUCUUCCAUCAGGAUCCUGGCCAAAAAAAAACUGAAAUUUCAGAGCGGUGUAGUUCAGAGAGGGAAAGAGUUGGAAUCUAAAAAGACAGUCUUCACUGAUUAGUAAGAAAGUAUCAGGAUUCAAGUGCCAUGUGUCAUGAUGAAUCAAGAUCCUCAGGAGGUGGUGGAGGACAGUCAACGACGGCUGUAUCAACUGGUGGAGGGAGAAGUCGUGGUUUUUUACGCGGUUGGCAGAUCCAUAAUACUUUAUUUAACAUCAAGAUCAUGAUUCUCUGCGGCUUCGUGACCAUCCUUGUCCUACUUGCAACAAUCAGUAUUGGGAACUUUGGAAGCUCUUCCAACGCUGACUCUGUUAAGCAGAGUUUCAUCAAGGAAGAAACCAUUCCGAUGACUAUCCUCCCGGAGAUCCCAUCUGAUUCGAAUUCGACGGACUUGGGUGCUGCUGAGCCGCCUAAAGCUGAGAUUUUUACUACUCCCAAUGCGACGUCCACUCUAGGUCCGAAAGCUGAGAUUUUUACUACUCCCAAUGCGACGUACACUCUAGGUCCUAAAGUCACCAACUGGGAUAGUCAACGCAAGGCAUGGCUGAAUCAGAACCCUGAGUUUCCUAGUACUGUCAACGGCAGAGCUCGAAUCUUGCUUCUCACAGGCUCUUCCCCAAGCCCCUGCGACAAACCAAUUGGAGACUAUUAUCUGUUGAAAUCCGUGAAGAACAAGAUUGAUUACUGUAGGCUUCACGGGAUAGAGAUUGUGUAUAACAUGGCCAAUUUGGAUGAGGAGCUCUCAGGGUAUUGGACGAAACUGCCAAUGAUAAGGAUAUUAAUGCUGUCUCAUCCAGAGGUAGAAUGGAUUUGGUGGAUGGAUAGUGAUGCUUUGUUCACUGAUAUACUGUUUGAGAUUCCGUUGUCUCGGUACGAGAAGCAUAAUCUGGUGAUACACGGUUAUCCGGACUUGUUGUUCAACCAAAAGUCAUGGAUUGCAUUGAACACUGGUGUCUUUCUGUUGAGAAAUUGUCAGUGGUCGUUGGAUUUAUUAGAUGCUUGGGCUCCAAUGGGACCAAAAGGGCCUAUCCGUGACGAAGCUGGGAAGGUACUGACAGCUUAUCUUAAAGGCAGGCCAGCAUUUGAGGCCGAUGAUCAGUCGGCGUUGAUAUAUCUCCUGCUUUCACAGAAGGAUAAGUGGAUAGACAAGGUUUAUGUUGAGAAUCAAUACUAUUUGCACGGGUUUUGGGAGGGUUUGGUUGAUAAGUAUGAAGAGAUGGUCGAGAAGUAUCAUCCAGGAUUGGGGGAUGAGAGAUGGCCUUUUGUGACACAUUUUGUGGGGUGCAAACCGUGUGGCAGCUAUGCUGAUUACGCAGUCGAUAGAUGCUUCAAGAGCAUGGAGAGGGCUUUUAAUUUUGCAGAUAAUCAAGUGCUUAAGCUGUAUGGGUUUAGCCACAGGGGAUUGUUGAGCCCCAAGGUUAAGAGGAUUAGAAACGAGACAAUUUCUCCUUUGGAGUCGGUAGACAAAUUUAAUAUUCGAAGAAUGCACGUGGAAACCAAACCAUAGAGCUAGGAAAAUUGAAUGAGUGAAUGGAAUCACAGCUUGGAAAGAUUACAGGAAACAUAUAUAGGUAAUAUACGGAUGCUCUAACAACCACAAUGCAAUUUGUUUGAAUGUGCUGCACUUGUUCCUUCUGCUUCAUUGUCUGUUGUUGUUUGGAGAAAUUUUAGCUGCCAAAUUCUUUUUUUUCUGUAGAUGUUUACUGUCAUUUUUAGUCAAUAUAUGGAGAAAUUUGAUACUGCAA